AAUAAAAAGUGAAUAUAGAUGUUAAUGAAUGAAAAUCUGCGAAUACCACAGAGCCUUCUAAGGCUUAUAGAGAAGAUGCAUUCGCUUCUCACAAUUCGCGGAAAACGAAGAGGCAAAUUCUUUCACCUGAUCGUCCUAGCCACGUUUCUGUUCGUCCAAGUGUUAGAGGCUCGGUCCAGCGCCCAGCAAUUGGCGUCGCCUCGUGGACGGAGCUAUGCCACAACAUAUGAACAGUAUGCCGCAUUUCCUAGACGACGCAGCUCCUCGCCAGCUGGUGAAAUGCAAUCCCGCGCGGUCGAUACUAGCGCUGAUUUUGAAGUGCUUGAGGGUCAGCCUCGCGGCACACUGGUCGGUUUUAUUCCAACCAAGCCGAAGUUUACGUAUCGAUUCAAUGAGCCGCCGAGAGAAUUCACACUGGACCAGAUAACGGGUGAGGUGAAAACAAAUGCCGUGCUAGAUCGCGAGGGCAUGCGCAGCCAUUACGACCUUGUGGUGCUCUCCUCACAGCCCACAUAUCCAAUAGAAGUGCGCAUUAAAGUCUUGGAUAUCAACGAUAAUGCGCCAGAGUUCCCAGAGGCAAGUAUCGCGGUCUCUUUUUCGGAGAGCGCAGUAAGCGGAACUCGUCUGCUGCUCGAUGCGGCUACAGAUGCUGACAUCGGCGAUAACGGCGUGACGGAUCAUUAUGAGAUCGUAGCUGGCAAUGUGGAUAAUAAAUUUCGUUUGGUAACCACCACGAAUCCCAGCGGAGAUACUUCCUACCUGCAUUUGGAAACGACGGGCAACUUAGACCGAGAAUCACGCGGCAGCUAUCAACUAAAUAUAUCGGCCAGCGAUGGUGGCUCGCCUCCCCGACUAGGUUUCCUUCAGGUCAAUGUUACUAUACUGGAUGUAAAUGACAAUCCUCCGAUUUUUGACCAUAGUGACUAUAGUGUAACGUUGAACGAAACGGUUCUGCCUGGCUCACCCGUUCUCCAAGUUAUGGCUUCCGAUAACGAUUUGGGCGACAAUAGCAAGCUGACUUAUUACCUGUCCGAGACGGAAACUCAAUUCACUGUCGACCCUGAAACGGGUGUGAUUUCUACGACGGAGCGUCUGAAUUGUCCUCAACAAACAAGCGAACAGACACGAGAGCCCAUUGGCAAGGGUCACGCUCAAAAGAGCUGUGUGUUUACUGUUUUUGCUCGCGAUCAUGGCUCUCCGCGUCAGGAUGGCCGCACUUAUGUUACUGUCAAUCUGUUGGAUACCAACGAUCAUGAUCCCAUUAUACGGUUCCAGUACUUUCCACCUACUGGGAGCGCCGCCACCGUGGACGAAAAUGCGAUCAAUGGCACGGUUGUUGCCGCCGUAUCGGUGAUUGACUCGGACGACGGUUUGAAUGGAGAGACAUCAACUCGCAUCGUAUCUGGCAAUGAGCUACAUCAUUUUCGUUUAGAAAAGACUCCACUAUUUCAUAUAGUACGAGUAAAUGGAAUACUUGAUCGCGAAGAGAUUAGCAAAUACAAUUUGACUGUUGUGGCUAUAGACAAAGGAACGCCAGAAAGGAAAUCAAUAGCGCACCUUAUUAUCAAUGUAAACGACGUUAACGAUCAUGAGCCAGUGUUCGAGAAGUCUGAAUACUCUGCUGUGUUAAGUGAACUUGCGCCAACGGGCACCUUUGUUUCCUCAAUCGCUGCCACAGAUGAAGAUACGGGCGUCAACGCGCAAGUAUAUUAUGAAAUUCUUACGGGCAAUGAACUUAAGUGGUUCAACAUCGACACGACGACGGGCCUUGUGGUCACUGCCGGUCCAUUGGAUCGGGAAGUGCAAGCGAGCGUGGAACUGAGCAUAUCCGCACGUGACGGCGGUCCCAAUCCAAAGUUCGCAUACACUCAGCUUAAGGUCACCAUCCUGGAUGAAAACGACGAGGCACCGCACUUCGGACAACAGGAGCUCAAUGUUAGUCUAAGUGAGGACGUUAGUCCGCCGACACUAGUUGCCUUGCUAUCUGCUACAGACAAUGAUCAAGGCACGAAUGGAUCGGUUACAUUUUCUUUAGCGCCCAGCGUGGAACGGCUGUACCCGCAACAAUUUGCUAUUGACUCUAUAACAGGCCAAUUAAUGACGCGCAAAGCCCUCGAUCGUGAGACAAUGGCGAAUUAUGAAAUUUUUGUGAUCGCGCGCGAUCAAGGUGCACCGGCACCUCAGUCGGCCACAGCUACUGUGUACCUCAACAUUUUAGAUAUAAACGAUAAUAAUCCAGAGUUCUAUCCGAAGCACUACAUCGUCACAGUAAAGGAUCGGGACACUGAUGUCGCGCACAAGAACAGUAUGCGACCUCUGCUUAAUGUCACGGCAACUGAUCGCGAUGAUGGAGAUAAUGCCUUAAUUACAUACAACUUAGAGUCUGGUGGCGAGAAUGUUUUCCAACUUGACUCUCGCACGGGCGCCAUCACAUUUACGUCAAGUGGCGAAAUGAAAAGGGCGCACUACAACCUGCGCAUCUCUGCUCGAGAUUCUGGUGAGCGGCGCACCACAGAGGAUGCCAUUGUAGAAAUCGUAUUGGAAUCGAAGUCGGAAGCACUCGACUUUGGCGCUCACAAUGGCUACGAGUUCCAAAUCAUCGAGGAUCCUGAUCAGAAGAUGCCAAAAUUAAAUCGAGAGGUUGGGCGAGUGCAAGUCAAGAGACAGCCUAUGUUUGCAAAUGCAGCCAUCGAGUACUUCAUUAUUUAUGGCGAUAGAGGCGAAUAUUUUGCAAUUGAUCAACGCACUGGCUAUAUUACAACUGCCCGCCGUAUUGAUCGAGAGGUCCAAGCACAAUAUCAACUAACUGUACUGGCACGCAGCGUAAACGGUUCCAGUUCUAUGUCUCGAUUCGCUUACGGCAAAUGCAAAGUUCACGUGACGGUUCUCGAUCUAAAUGAUAAUGCACCCAGUUUCGCCCAGGACACGGAGGUUUCUAUAUGGUUGCCAGAGGAUACAGCAGUGGGCCAAGAAAUUUAUUUGUCACGUGCCCGGGACCGUGAUGCCGGAGUCAAUAGUCGUAUACGCUACAAUUUCACGUACAACACGGACCAACAGUUUCGUAUAAAUUCCGCCACGGGAGUGGUUUACUUGCAGAAGCCCAUACGCGCAGAUCCCGAAACAGUUUUCUAUGUGGAGAUAAUGGCCACUGAUGGAGGCAACCCGCCAUUGAGCAGCCGUCUAAGUUUGCCCGUACACAUUGCUGACGUAAAUGAUCACACUCCCGUGUUUGAUCAUACAUCCUAUGAAACUUCACUCUUAGAGACCACCAAGGUGAACACGCGCUUCUUUGCUCUAGCUGCCUCGGACAGUGAUCUGGGCGCCAAUGGACGUAUAUCAUAUGAGAUUAUAGAUGGCAAUUCUGAUCGUAAAUUUGGAGUGUUUCCCGAUGGCUUUCUGUUUGUUCGUGCACCCCUUGAUCGCGAGGAACGGGACUAUUAUGCACUUACAAUUUCCUGUAGCGAUGCAGCCGUGCCGUCGCGUUCGUCGGUGGUACCAAUCGUCAUUCAUGUCAUAGACGAAAACGACAAUCCACCGCAGUUUACGAAUAGUACAUUUACUUUUAAUAUACCAGAAAAUGCGCCACCAAACACGUUUGUCGGCAAGUUGACUGCGGUGGAUCGGGAUAUUGGACGAAAUGCCGAAUUGAGCUUCAGCGUGCUUUCGCAGUCUCAGGAUUUUAAGAUAGAUAUGCACAAUGGGUUUAUCAAGACUCUUCGGCCCUUUGAUAGGGAAGCUCUAGUGCGAAGCACAAGUAGAGCUGAUAAUAGCGAAAGCCUAAGCGACGAUGAGCGGAAUAUCAAUAGCGGCGGAGAUAACUAUAUAUUACUGGAGGCAGUGGUGACGGACAACGGCAGUCCGCCACUAAAUGACAAGGUUAAAGUCAAGGUAAUCAUCACUGAUGUAAACGACAAUGCUCCAGAGUUUUUACGUGCCCCCUAUCAAGUGACCAUCUCUGAAGGAGCCCCUGAGGGUACGCAUAUAAUGCACGUUUUUACGCAGGAUGCCGAUGAAGGCCUCAAUGGAGAUGUAUAUUACUCAUUAGCUGCAGGAAAUGAGGCAAACUUAUUUAGCCUAGACAGCGCCACAGGUCUAUUGACCCUCUCACAUAAACUGGAUCGCGAGUCUCAAGAGAUUCAUCGUCUAGUCGUUGUGGCGAAGGAUGCAGCACUAAAAGAUGCAUUGAGUUCCAAAGCCAAUAUUACAAUCACGGUAUUAGACGACAACGACAAUGCACCUGAGUUCACACAGUCGAGCAGUGAAAUUUCCGUAUUGGAGACAAGUCCCAGUGGAACUGAGUUAAUGCGAUUUCGGGCCAGCGAUGCGGAUCAAGGGGUGAACAGCCAAGUAGUGUUCAGUAUUACGGCGGGUAAUCGAAGAGAUACAUUCCACAUUGACAGUAUUAGCGGCAGCCUUUACUUGCACAAAUCCUUGGACUAUGAGGAUAUUACCAAUUACACGCUUAACAUAACAGCUUCCGACUGUGCCACUCCGCCCCUUUCGACCACCGUUUUCUACAACGUGAUUGUUGUGGACGACAAUGACAAUCCGCCAAUCUUCCCAAGCACGGCGAUUGUGCGACAAAUCAAGGAGGGCAUAGCACUGAAAACACCAAUUGUAACUGUGACUGCAGAUGACCCUGACUCGGGUCUUAAUGGCAAAGUAACGUACGUUAUCACCAAGCAGGAGCCGGAAACGUCUGGAGGUCGUCAUUUUGGCAUCAAUACCCAAACAGGUGUGAUACACACUCUCCGUGAGAUUGAUCGCGAGUCAAUAGAUAACUUCCGAUUGACUGUCGUGGCUACGGAUCAGGCGCAGCCUUCGGAACGACAGUUGUCCACAGAGAAGCUGGUCACGGUCAUUGUGGAAGACAUCAAUGACAAUGCGCCCAUCUUCGUCUCAAUGAAUGCUGCAAUUUUGCCUGUUUUGGGAAAUGGUUUAAUUCCGCCAGGGAGCAUUGGGCGUCAUGUGAUGCAGGUGUUGGCCCGUGAUGCAGAUUCCUCGAGUAACGGCCUGGUCACAUAUGAGUUUGUCGGCGGUCAGCAAGAACUGUUCCAUUUGCAACGCAAUACGGGCAUAAUCACGCUUGGCCAGGCUAGCCAGGCUCAAACUAAGCCCAAUGUGCGCUACCCAUUGACCUUAAGGGCAACGGACGAGGCAAGUGGCGAGCGAAAGAGCACGGAGACAUACAUUACAAUUAUUACGCUUGGCACGUACGAGGACGAGGGCGAUCGGCCGGUUUUCGAAAAUUCCAACUCCCUCUUCGGUUCGGUGUACGAGAAUGAGCCAAUUGGCACAAGCAUCCUAACGGUAAGCGCUCAUCUUGAGGGCGCUGAGAUUGAGUACUUUGUUACGAAUGUCACAGCGUCGAAAACAAAUGCAUUCGGACAUGCGAGUAGCAGCAUACAAGUUGAUCGUCUGUUUGAUAUCGAUGCAAAACUGGGAAUAUUAUCGACGGCGGUGGAGUUGGACCGGGAAGCUGGGCCCCCCACUUACGAGAUAGAAGUCCAUGCCAUCGCCCUGGGCGGAAAGCCACGGACUGCACACACCAAGGUGCAAGUUACUGUGCAGGAUAAAAAUGAUAGUCCGCCAAAGGUACUCGAUACGCCAUUAAUUUAUACUGUAAGCGAAGACCUGGAGAUCGGGCACAAUAUAGCCACAAUACGUGCGACUGACCCCGAUCCCGAUAUUGUGAGCAGUAUCAUUUUUACCCUGGUUAACGGACACGAUUCAAAGUUCAUUCUGGAACCAACGACCGGCAAACUCCAGCUGAAAGAUACUCUAGAUCGCGAAACAAAGGACGUGUACAACAUGCGCAUUCGAGUGAGUGAUGGAGUGCAAUAUACUGAAACAGAUGUGAUCAUACAGGUGGCCGAUACUAACGAUAAUCCGCCGAUCUUUGAAGAGGCUGUGUACUCAUUUGACAUACCAGAAAACGCACCACGUGGCUAUCAAGUUGGCGAAAUUGUAGCCAAGGAUGCUGACUUGGCUCAGAAUGCGCAAGUGUCAUAUGCUGUUGUUUCUGACUGGGCCAACGACGUAUUCAGCCUAAAUCCUCAAACGGGGACACUUACCCUCACAGCUAAACUGGACUACGAGGAAGUGCAACAUUAUAUAUUGAUUGUGCAAGCUCAGGACAAUGGACAACCCUCCCUAUCAACUACUAUAACUGUGUAUUGCAAUGUGCUCGACUUAAACGAUAAUUCGCCCCUCUUUGAUCCCAUGAGUUAUUCGAGUGAAAUAUUCGAAAAUGUGCCCAUAGGAAUGGAGGUGGUAACCGUGUCAGCCAAAGAUAUUGAUUCGGGUAACAACGGUCUCAUUGAGUUCAGCAUUACAGCUGGAGAUGAUAACAAUGACUUUGAGAUCCAUAGCAAUGGCACGAUAUCCACACGUCGACAGCUUGAUCGCGAGCAGCGUAGCGGAUAUACUUUAACAGUUACCGCCCGCGACUGCGCCGACGAGAUGGCGAUAUUCAGUGAACUAAAGGAGUCGCAGUUAAAGCUGAAAUAUCGCUCGCCGCGGCGUUAUUAUAAAACACAGCAAAAUCAAUUUUUAGCUCAUCAAAAGCAAGAUCGGCUCUCAUCGACUGUGCAGGUAACGAUAGUUAUCAAAGACGUCAACGAUGAGUCGCCCGUGUUCGUUUCCGCAAACGAAACGUCGGUGAUGGAGAAUGUAGCUGUCAAUACGGUUGUCUUUACGGUGAAGGCCAUUGACAACGAUGAGGGACGCAACGGCUACAUAGAUUAUUUUAUAGAUGACCCGCGCCCAUUUGGGCAAGAUAAUGAAGUCGUUGAACCUCUGCCAUUUACCUUAAACCCGACCGAUGGAAUUUUACGCGUCGCCGACGUGCUCGAUCGAGAGCUUCGGGAAAACUUUGUCUUAAACAUAACAGCACGGGAUCGAGGAGAACCGCCUCUUGUCAUGCAAUCUCAGCUUACGAUUAGAAUACUCGAUGAGAACGACAAUAUUCCAGUAUUUGAUCCCAAGCAAUAUUCAGCAUCCGUGCCAGAGAAUGCUAGCAUUGGCGCGAUGGUUCUUCAAGUGUCUGCCACAGAUAUGGACGAGGGUGACAACGGGCGUGUGCGAUAUUCGAUUGUAUCUGGUGAUCAAAAUCGAGACUUCAGCAUUAGCGAAGAUACGGGUAUGGUACGAGUAGCCAAAAAUUUAAAUUACGAACGCAUUGCCCGUUAUACGUUGACAGUGCGAGCCGAAGACUGUGCUCCAGGAGACAGUGCGAGUGACACCGCCGAGCUGAUCAUCAGCAUUAUUGACAUUAAUGACAACCGACCCACGUUCCUUGACUCCCCUUACAUAACCCGAGUCAUGGAAAAUACGCUGCCCCCUAAUGAUGGCUACUUGCUGACUGUAAAUGCUUACGAUGCUGACACUCCGCCUUUAAACUCGCAAGUUAGAUACUUCCUCAAGGAGGGAAAUGCGACAAAGGAUCUGUUUCGAAUCAAUGCAUCAACGGGCGAGAUAGUCCUAUUGACGCCCCUUGAUCGCGAGCAGCAAAGCGAAUACAUUUUAACACUGGUCGCAAUGGACACUGGAUCGCCCCCUCUGUCCAAUACGGGCAUUGUGAGAGUUGAAGUUCAGGACAUCAAUGACAAUGGACCUGUUUUUGAACUGCAAUACUACCAUGCCACAAUUCAAGAAAAUCUUCCAAGCGGAUCUUUGGUGCUCAAGCCCGUGGCCACAGAUAAGGAUGUCGGUCUAAACGCUAAGAUACGAUUUAACUUGCUGGGAGAGCAUAUGACUCACUUCCACAUUGACACAGAUACGGGCGAAAUUUCAACGGCCGUCGUACUGGAUCGAGAAAGCAUUGGCGUCUAUCAGUUAACACUUAUGGCUCAGGACAGUUCUAUUACCGAGCCGCGAGCGACUUCGGUGAAUUUGACAAUCACAGUUCUUGAUACAAAUGACAAUGUGCCCAAGUUCGAGGCAAGCACAUUUAAUAUUGUUGUGCCGAACAACAUCCGCGCUGGAGAGUUUGUGUUUGGAGCACGAGCUUCAGACUUGGACGAGGGAGUUAAUGCAAUGAUAGUCUAUAACAUAAGCGGAAAAGAUGAACACUUCUUCGAAAUCCACCCAGCCACGGGAGUGAUACGUGCGAAAUCGGAACUGAUGCAGAAAAACAAACCAAACGCUGACGUUAUUUUCAAUAUAAACAUUCAUGCGACGGACCUCGGACUUAUGCCCCAAGUGUCGACAGCAGAGCUCACGGUUCAGCUUCGACCGGUGGAGCUAUUUCCCGUUUUCUCUUACAUGCCCAUCACCCAAUUCAAUUUACAGGAAGACGUGCAACCUGGCAAAAUGAUUGCUAAAUUGGCUGCCUCGUCCCCCAAAAAGGGAUCUGUAGCCACGAUAAAAUACAAAAUAGCUGGUGGCAAUAUGGGCAAUGCGGCUGUUGUGGAUCCAAAUAGCGGAGUUUUAAGCGUUGGACAAGACGGAUUGGACUAUGAGUUGACUCAUCAAUAUGAGAUCUGGGUUGCAGCUGCUGACUCGGAUAGACCAAGUCUUCACACCGUUACGCUUCUAAACAUUAACGUCUCUGAUGCUAAUGAUAAUCCUCCGGUCAUGGAGAAGCUUAUAUAUAACGCAGAAAUUUUAGAGGAAGAAACCCCACCGCAAUUUAUUGUGGCAAUCAAGGCAAUGGACAAAGAUUCUGGAGACAACGGCGAGGUCAGCUACCUCUUGAAAAAUGACUACAAUGGCAUUUUUGAAAUUAACAGCUCUGGCGAAAUAUAUACAACCAUGCAACUAGAUCGCGAAGAGAUGAGUGACUACGCACUUGUUGUGGAAGCCGUCGAUCAGGGCGUGCCACAACUAACAGGAACUGCCAGUGUGCUGCUGCAUCUGUUGGAUAAAAACGACAAUCCACCAAAGUUUACCCGUCUUUACUCGUUGAAUGUAACAGAAAAUGCUGAGAUCGGCACUUUCGUUAUAAGUGUGACAUCCUCCGACUUGGAUUUGGGUGAAAAUGCGAACGCUUCGUACACGUUUAGCGCGAACCCAGGUAAUAAGUUCAAACUCGACUCUCAAAGUGGCAACAUUACAGUCGUGGGCGAAAUUGAUCGUGAGCAACAGGACGAAUACAUUCUAAAGGUUAUAGCCUCAGAUGGAGCCUGGAGGGCGGAGACCCCUGUCACAAUUACCAUACAGGACCAAAACGACAAUGCUCCGGAGUUCGAGCAUAGUUUCUACAGCUUCAAUUUCCCGGAGCUGCAACAUACCGUUGCCUUUGUGGGCCAGGUCAUAGCAACUGAUCGCGAUAAGCAGGGCCCUAACUCUGUCAUCUCAUACUCGUUGCAGUCACCAUCUCCAAUAUUUAGCGUCGAUCCCGCCACGGGCGAAAUCUUCACCAAAACACAAAUCCAAUACAAGCACUCGCAGUACAUAAGCUCACCAGAGAACAUGUUCUCACUGACCAUCCUGGCCACAGACAACGGAAAGCCGCCCCUCUAUACAGAAUGUCUAGUCAAUAUCAACAUAGUAGACGCAAACAACAACCCGCCGAAGUUUGUGCAGCCAGAGUAUCUGUCCCCGUUACCGGAAAAUGCAAAAGCAGGUCAGCGUGUGGUCAAAGUGCAUGCUAACGAUGAUUACGAUGUAGGAGUCAACGCAGAAAUUGACUACUCACUCAUCAGCUCCAAUUUGAGCGCUUACUUUGCUCUCAACAAGCACGAUGGCUGGAUAACCCUGAUGAAACCAAUUCAAAUGCCGGCUAAUUCACGCUUUGAGCUCACUGUCAAGGCUACAGAUCGAGGCGUUCCGCCACAGUCAGAUCAAGCUCGAGUCAUCGUAGUUGUCACUGAUGAAAACCGACACGUUCCCGAAUUUAAGACACUCAGUUACCAGGUGAUUGUGCCGGAGAAUGAACCGAUUGGAUCGACUAUACUAACAGUCACUGCGACGGACAAAGAUAACGGACCCAACGGAAUGCUGCACUAUAGUAUUAUGGACGGCAACGAGAGCGAAAAAUUUAAUGUUAACAAGCAUACUGGUGCCAUCACAAUAAUGCAUCCAUUGGACUACGACCAGAUGCAGGAAUAUCACUUGAACAUAUCCGUCACCGACUUGGGCUACAAGCCUCUGUCUGCAGUAGCUAUGGUCACAAUUAUACUCACUGAUGUUAAUGACAAUCCCCCGCUGUUUAAUCAAUCUGAAUACCAUGGAUAUAUAGCGGAAAACAAGCCGGCAGGAACUGUUGUAUUUCAAGCCCAUGCCACCGAUAAGGACUCGACGAAAAAUGCCAUCAUACAUUAUUCAUUUCUGGCUAGCGGCACUGAUCAUCACUUUUUCACGAUCAAUGCCAGCAAUGGAACAGUUUUAUCUGCCAGCAGCUUUGAUUAUGAAGAGCGCCGCAGUUACACAUUGCACAUUAAAGCCAAGAACCCAGACUCGAUCAUGGAAAGUUACGCAAUUGUGCACGUUCACAUUUUGGGAGUUAACGAAUUCUAUCCGCAAUUCCUGCAACCGGUUUUCCACUUCGAUGUCUCGGAAACUUCAGCUGUAGGCACUGCAGUGGGUUCGGUGCAGGCAACCGAUAAAGACAUUGGCGAAGAUGGUCGAAUCUAUUAUUUGUUGGUUGGCUCCAGUAAUGACAGGGGCUUUGGGAUCAACACAAAUACCGGCUUGCUGCAUGUAACUCGUAAUUUGGAUCGGGAAACUCAAAAUCGGGUUGUGCUUAUGGUAAUGGCUAAGAACUACGGAAGCAUACGAGGCAAUGAUACGGAUGAGGCACAGGUUAUAAUAUCUAUCCAAGACGGAAAUGAUCCACCAGAGUUUGUUGAGCGAUUCUACACUUCAACAAUAUUAGAAUCUGCCCCAAUUGGAUCGGUAGUGACAACAGUGAAGGCAGUAGACAAAGACGUUCGCCCACAAAAUAAUCACUUUACGUACUCCAUUAUUAAUGGGAACUUGAAGCAAAGCUUCAAGAUUGAUGCAGAAAGCGGUGAAAUUAGCACCGCUGCCCUGAUAGAUCGAGAGGAUAUUGCACACUAUAAUCUAGUUAUAGGCGCAAUUGACACGGGGCUGCCACCGCAGACGGGCACAGCCACAGUCCGCAUUAACCUGGAGGAUAUCAACGACAAUGGACCUACAUUUACUUCAGAAGCUCUUACUGGCUAUAUACCAGAAAACGAGCCGCCAGGCACAUCAAUAAUGACAUUAGCAGCAACCGAUCCAGAUUUGCCAGAAAACGGAGCACCUUUUAGUUACAAGAUCGUGGGAGGCAGACACAAGUCUUGGCUAGCCAUUGAUAAGUAUACAGGCUUGCUAAAGUCUACUGCCAGCUUCGAUCGUGAGGCAACCCCCCAACUGGAGGCUAUUAUUGAGGUGGAGGACAGUGGAAGCCCUAAGCAACAGGCGCAGCAUAAAGUGACCAUAAAAGUGUUGGAUAAAAAUGAUAAUCCUUCAACAGCGCGCUCUGUUCAUGUGGCUGUGAGUAUAUUUAACGGAGAUUUGCCCACAAAUGCGAAACUAGCUGAUGUGCAUCCGAAUGAUGUUGACAUCGUGGGCGACUAUCGCUGCCGUUUGAAAGGCAGCGGACAGCUGACUAUAAAGACCGGCUGUGACCUGUACACAACAUCAUUGACUACCCCGAUGUCAUACGUGUACGAUGUCACUGGCAAUGAUGGCAAACACGAUGAUGUCACUUCUAAGGUGACCGUCGAUUUUCAGAGCUACAACAAUGCCACCUUGGAUAACACUUUACCCCUCUUGAUACGGAAUAUGACAGCAUCCCAGUUUCUCACAAAACAUUACGUGCAAACUCUUGAUUUGCUCAAGUCCCGCUUCUCUGCUAGUGACGAAAUUCUCAUUUAUAGCGUCAUUGAAAUGGAGGCCAAUAAUGGAAGCAAUGUAGAUCUGGAAGCCCUAAUGGUGGUGCGUUCAUUCAAUUUUACGUACAAAGAACCGAUUCACGUCGGCGAACGUCUGCGUGAGAAGCGUUCCGCUCUGUCCGACUUGCUGCACACAGAAAUUGUAAUCGGUUACGAGCCUUGCAACACACCUAAUGUGUGCGCCAACGGAGGUGUGUGCAGUGCUUCUAUUCGACUGCUGGAUGCAAGCCACUUUAGAAGCAUCGAUAGCCCUGAGCUCAUACUUAGUGGGCCACGGAUCAUUCACGACUACACGUGCCAAUGUGCCAAGGGCUAUGCUGGUGAGCAGUGCGCCAGACGGCAAGAUCCAUGUCUACCCAAUCCCUGCCAUGGGCAGGCUCAGUGUCGGCGAAUGGGCAAUGACUAUCAGUGCGAGUGCCCGGCUAAUCGAGAUGGCAAGCAGUGUCAAAAGGAGCGCAGUGAUGUCUGCUGGGGGAAACCUUGUCGCAAUGGCGGCAGCUGCCAACGUAGUCCUGAUGGCGCCUCAUACUUCUGUCUCUGUCGGCCCGGCUAUCGGGGAAGCCAAUGUGAGAGUAUAGCUGAUUCGUGUCGUCCCAAUCCGUGUCUACAUGGUGGCUUGUGCGUCAGUCUAAAGCCAAGCUACAAGUGCAGUUGUCCUUCUGGUCGCUAUGGACGUCAUUGCGAACGAUUUAGCUACGGAUUUGAACCACUUUCCUUUAUGAGUUUUCCCUCUUUGGAUCCCACAACAAACGACAUCUCAAUUGUCUUUGCCACAACAAAGCCUACAGCACUCUUGGUGUACAACUACGGUUUGCAGAACGGCGGACGCUCGGACUUUUUGGCCAUUGAGCUGGUUAAAGGUCAGGCAGUCUUCUCAUCAGGAGGUUCACGUACUGCUAUUAGUACAGUUAUUGCCGGCUUCAAUCUCGCCGACGGAAACUGGCAUAAGGUCACUGCCACCCGCAAUGGACGGGUCAUGUCCCUGAGCAUCGCAAAGUGUACGGAAUCCGGCGAAGUAUGCGCCGAGUGCAUUCCUGGUGAUUCCAAUUGUUAUGCAGACAAUGUUGUGCCCGUGGGAACUCUCAACUUCAACAAACAGCCCCUGCUUAUUGGAGGCUUACAAUCAGCAGAUCCCGUCCUCGAGCGACCUGGUCAAAUACACAGUGACGAUCUUGUUGGCUGUGUUCACAGCGUUUCUAUAAAUGGACGCGCCUUAAAUUUGAGCUCACCAAUACAACAGCAUGGAAUUUUACCCGGAUGCAACAGAAAAGCCUGUCAGCCAGCUAUAGCAGCAGAGCGCUGCAGUAGCUAUGCGGGUCAGUGCAUUGAUCGUUGGUCAACGUCGCUUUGCCAAUGCGGCGACCAGCUUCUCUCGCCCGACUGUGGAAACUCUCUAGAGCCUGUCAGAAUAAGCAGCGGAGGCUUUAUCGAAUUUAAAAUAUCCGAACAGUACCGACGCAUGCAGCUUCUGGAUAAUCUUUAUAAUGGAAACAAUGCUUGGUCCAACUCAGGCACUCGCACAAAGCGCCUCUCAACACAUAAUGCAAGUGCUGUGACGACAUCUUUCUAUGAGCCUCCGAAGCUGCUCAGCUUUCUCUUCCGCACAUUCAAGUCACAUGGAUUGAUCCUAUAUGCAGCCACCAAUCAAAUGUACACUUCCUUGUCGCUUUUGGAUGGCAGACUCGUUUACUAUUCAAAGCAACACCUCUCAAUCAACAUGACUGUGCCAGAGCCUUCAGCCUUGAAUGAUGGAAAAUGGCAUAACAUUAGCCUUCACAGCCAGAGCCGCACACUCUACUUGCUAAUUGAUGGACACCAAGUGGGCGAUGAGCUAGACCUUGCGGGAGUGCAUGACUUCCUCGACCCGUAUCUCUCUACACUCAGCGUAGGCGGUGCGUCCAGUGGUUUGAUGAAGGAAGAACCUUUCACUGGCUGCAUAGCCAACUUUACCAUCAAUAACGAGUUGCAGCCAUUGAACGGCUCUGGCAGCAUUUUCCUCACAGUGAAGCAUCAUGGAAAUGUUAAGAUGGGCUGCAGAGGAUUAGAUACGAGUACCGAUGCUGCCCAAGUAGCCGACCCCCUGAGCAUUGGCAUCACACUGGUUAUUGUGUUUUUCGUAAUACUUGUUGUGGCUAUUUUCGGAUCAUACAUUAUCUAUCGCUUUCGAGGAAAACAAGAAAAGAUUGGUAGUCUCAGCUGUGGGGUGCCAGGAUUUAAAAUUAAGCACCCUCCCGCUCCAACUUCACAAAGCCAAACCUCUGAUCAUGGGCUGCCACGCAGUAUCCACGCUAAUGCAAAUGACCCACCUGCACCACUCGUAGCUAGCAACGAUCACUUGAGAUCACCUGGUCAUCAUCUAACUGGCCCCGAGCUUAUUACGAAAAAAUUCAAGGAACGCAGUGAACUACCGCCUACUGCAGACCAUCCACAGCCACAGCAGCGUCCUCAAAGACCUGAUAUAAUCGAACGUGAGGUUGUGGGCAAGAGUCCACCAAUCAGAGAGGAACAUCAUCUGUCGAUACCGCCACCAAAUCCACUGCACCCACUCGAUCACGGAAGCUCCGUAGAUUUGGGCUCAGAGUAUCCAGAACACUACGAUUUGGAGAACGCAAGCUCGAUUGCACCGUCCGACAUUGAUAUCGUAUACCAUUAUAAGGGAUAUCGUGAAGCGGGUGGCAUGCGCAAGUAUAAGGCCACCACACCACCUGUGGCAUCUUAUACACACCACAAGCAUCAGAGCGCAGCAGCCCAGCAGCAGCAUCGCCAUUCACCACGACAUUCUGUUAACGCCUCCUUCGUGCCGCGCGUGCCCAAUCAAAGCAAUCAACCACCGUCGGCAACGUCGACGUCUCGCACCCACCAGACAACUCCCCUAGCACGCCUCUCGCCCAGCUCCGAACUGAGCUCACAACAGCCGCGAAUUCUAACUCUGCACGAUAUCUCAGGCAAACCAUUGCAGAGCGCACUAUUAGCCACCACUUCUAGCUCUGGAGGCGUCGGCAAGGAUGCACUGCACAGCAACAGCGAGCGUAGCUUGAACAGUCCAGUGAUGUCGCAACUGUCUGGUCAGAGUUCCAGUGCUAGUCGCCAGAAGUCUGUUGCACCACCUCAAGCACCACCACAGAACUCAAUGGGUCUCACUGCCGAAGAAAUUGAAAGACUCAGUGCUCGACCGAGAACUUGUAGCUUAGUUUCCACUUUGGACUUGUCAUCCAGCAGCGAGGCGCCGACGCCUCGAGUGCCAGGCGGUGCACUUCAUCUAUCUCUGGGCGGUGAUGUCGAUGCGCACAGCUCAACAUCUACAGAUGAGAGUGGGAACGAUAGCUUCACCUGCUCUGAGAUUGAGUAUGAUAAUAACAGCUUGAGUGGCGAUGGCAAGUACUCAACCAGCAAAAGCAUUCUCGAUAGUCGGAGUCCAGUGGCUCGUGCAAUCAGUGGGGAGCCCAGCAGGAGCCAAAAUGUGGCAAAGACUCCGCCCAUUCCACCGCAUGCCUAUGACGGAUUUGAGUCAUCUUUUCGAGGUUCACUUAGUACGCUUGUAGCCAGCGACGAUGAUCUGGCAAACCAUUUAAGUGGAAUCUACCGCAAGGCAAAUGGAGCCGCUUCGCCAUCGGCAACAACCUUGGGCUGGGAAUAUUUGCUCAACUGGGGCCCAAGCUAUGAAAACCUGAUGGGCGUAUUCAAGGACAUAGCCGAACUUCCUGAUACGACCAAUCCACAGCAACAACAGCCCUCCCAGCCAGUCUCCACUCUACGUAUACCCAAUGUACAAAAAGCACCAGAGGAGUACGUGUGAAACACUCCGUAAGGAGUAUGUGUAUUAAGUGUAAAAGUUUAUGCGUCUUUUAGAGUUAAG